AUGUUUAUCCGCCACUUCACCGGACCUCCCCGAGUAGUCCCGAAUAUCGGCGACUCUCACCAGGCAGCCGGACUUUAUGCAUCCGGAAGACGACUUCCUGCUCAGGAUUUGGGAUAUAUGACUUGUAAGAUUGGCUUCGAUUUUGACUUAUAUUAUCACUUAACAUCAAACACGCCCUCUAUCAUCGAUUCUGUUCCUGCACCACUAUCAAGUCAGGUGCUCAGCGUUUAUCACUCUCGGAACCCACUCUCACUUCAGAACUUGAACUUCAUCGGAAUCCCGCGUCCGAUACCAUACCAUACGAACGGGAUCUCCCCGCUCAGAGUCGCACUCUCACUACACCGAUCCAGACGUUCAUCAGAGCAAAUUGAUCCAAACCAGGACAUCGACAACGAACGGAACGCCAUUGUUUGUUCUAGCUAUCCGCUGGAAUGCUGCGACAAUCACAGCACGCCAUCGUAUGAAUACCUCGUGGUUGUCGUCAUCGAUCCACCGUCUCUCCUGUAUCCAGCGAAGGAUACGUCGUGUCCCUUGUCACAUCGCACUGUCAUCAUUCCGGCCUCGAGAGUCUACACCCCUUACAUUCGACGCGGGGUACCGCGUGGUGGGCCAGGAGGUUCUGAACUUGAAUCAGAUGCCUCAAGGAAGGCGGGACGAGUAUACAAUUGUCCAACCUACUACGAGCUAUCCUUCGUCGAUCAUGAUGCUCAUCCACGACUAGUCCCUUAUCUCCCUGUAUCGCGCUACCCUCUUCUUUUGCUUCUACACACAUCAUCAACCCUUGCAUCCGAUACAGAUAUCUCGUGGUGGCUAGGCGCGAAUUCUAGUACCUUCCAAGUUCGUUGGGCUUCACUUCGGGGAUCCGCCAACGCUAGUUCUCAGACAAAAAGAAAUUGCUGGCAAUUGUAUUUAUACUCAUCUGACUAUGAACGCCUCGCAGGAACCCCAUCCCUCUUCCUCGGCAGUGAAAGGCUUCGUGGUUGGAGUAGGGGUUACAUGAUUUGCCUGAACGCGGGCAUGAUGUUACCAUUGGGUGUCCAUGCAAUAUUGCCUCCCUACGAGCACAUGGGAUCGUGGCCUUUGGCUCAGGCUAGCGAUUUGCAUGAUAUGACGUAUUGUACUGUCACACAAACAUCCAAACGUUCAUUAGAGUAA